AAUAACGUUAAGCCGUUCGACCAGUGGUCAACGUGUCUUCUAGUAAGCAUCUUCGCACAUCAGUUGGGUUGACCGGUUUGCACCGAAACAUGGGGAAAUACAACGAUACCGAUUACACUUCAGAAGAAACCGAGAGUCUUAUCAGAGGAAAAGCUGAACGUACUCGUACAACGAAAUGGUAUUGUUCGAAAGCAGUGUGGUUGUUGAGCAUACUACUAAUUGGAGCCAUUAGCCUGUUGGUGGCUUUUGUUCAUCACGAUGCAAAGGAAUUCGCAAAGCUCACGGCCAAUUUGGGCAUGAGCAGUAUGAGCAUUAGCAACAUGGGCAUAAGCAACAUCGGUUCGAUUAAGGUGUUCACCAGACCCUUGAGGAUGAAAAAAGUGGAUUUGGCAAAUUCACUGCACAUAACGAGUAUUGCUCAAAAGAAUACUACAUUUUUGGACUUAUGUGCCCCAAAAGUUCAAUGUAACCCCAACGAAAAGUACAGGAGCUACAACGGGUCUUGUAACAAUUUUGUAAUACCGACUUACGGUGCGUCGGUCACACCGUUCCUACGUUUAAUGGAUCCCGUUUAUGCCGAUGGGAAUUCUGAUCAUUUCCGUGCCCAAAACGACGGCAUUCCUUUGCCGAAUCCCAGGCAACUUCAGCUAGAGCUGUUUUUGUACAGGGAAAAAAGAAAAACCGACGACAAUAACCAAUUUUUAAUGCCAUUCGCUCAGCUGAUGGCGCACGACAUUUCGGGCAUUCCAAACGACGUACUAUAUUAUCCGAACGGUCAAGUUAUCGACUGUUGCUCGGAAAAAGUCAACGCUAAACUAUACAGACAGUGCAACGGUACAAUUGACAUUCCCAAAGAUGACCCUGUCUACGGUCCGCAUAACAUAACGUGCAUGGGCACCGUUCGUUCGUUUACUUCUGCAAAUUAUAGUUGCCCGCUGUUCCCCACGACCUUUAUAAACCAUAACACACACUUUAUCGAUGCUUCCGAAGUGUAUGGUUCCAAUGAAAAAUCAGCGAUCGCCUUGAGAUCUAUGAGAGGCGGUAGACUGAGGUCUGAUUUGUGGAAAAACAGUCAAGAAUUUUGUCCGAUGGCAUUGAAAAGACCGAUUCAACCGGAGGGCGUAAAGGACAUAGGCAUCCAGUUUGAUACAGGCGAUGUGGCAAACGGUAACCAGAACUUGGGUAUCACGAUGAUACAGAAUAUCUUCCUGAGGUUCCACAACUUCGUGGCAUACAAACUGUCCAUGUUAAAUCCGUACUGGGAAGACGAAAGGCUGUACCAAGAGUCCCGAAGAUUAAUAAUCGCCGUCAUUCAACGUAUCGCUUACGAAGAGUUCUUGCCGAUCAUCAUUGGAAGCGAUUACCAUUCGAAAUACGGGCUAGACGAGGAAAACAUAUACGACCCGGAAGUCAAUCCGUCCACGUCACAGGAACUGUCCUCGGCCGGUUUUCGCGUACUCCACACCAUCAUACCAGAGGAAUUCAAGUUAAUUAAUGAAAAUUACACACACGAAGAGCCGAUAGUCAUCACCGAUUGGAUGGGAAAGCCGGAUCUUCUGCCGAUCGGCAAUAACUAUGAUAAACUGUUAAGAGGAUUUUUGGAAACUCCCGGUCGAGUUGCACAGCCGUCGUACAACUUUUUUAUAUCAAAUUUCAUGUUCAAUCUGGCCUAUCAACCCAGGUACACCGGAAUCGAUUUGCUGUCUAUCGACAUAAUGAGAGGUCGCGAUGUGGGUCUGCAGCCUUACAACAAGAUGAGAGAGAUGUGCGGUCUACCACUUGCUUCGGAUUUCAAAGACUUGACCGACGUGAUGCAUUUAAAGGACACAAAAAAAUUGAAAAAACUUUACCAAACGGUCGACGAUGUUGAUCUGAUGGUGGGAUUGUUGUUGGAAGAGCCACGGGACGAAGCGAUUUUAGGGCCAACGUCUUCGUGCAUAAUCGCAGAUAACUUUUAUCGAUGGAAGGCUGGGGAUCGUUUCUUUUACGAUGUCAAGGGUCAGCCAGGAAGUUUUACCACAGGGCAGCUAAAAACAAUUAAGAAAAUCGGCUUAGGUCAUGUGUUAUGUUCAUCAUCAAGUAUCGAUCACGUACAAAAAGAUGUUUUCAAGAUGGCUGAUCACAAUAUAUUUCGCAGAAGUAAAUUCUUGUGCAGCGAUGAAUACAAGCUGGACCUUUCAGAAUGGCUGGAACCUAACAAUCGUCACGGUUUAUAAUGACGGUUACUUAUAUAGUAAAAUAUAUCAAAUUUAAGAAGAAAAAAAAUGAUUAUGUACUUUCGCUUAAACGGUGGAAAAUGAUAUCGGAUAAACUCAUUAGUAACCGUAAUCGAUGAAAAAAAAAAAUCUGUUAUUGUUUAAAUAAAACAUUGUGAUUUAAGUUAA